UGUUUAGAAGGUGACAACUCUAAAAAUAAAUUGUGUGAUAAAGCAAAAAAGUCGUAAUUAAAAAAAAAAAAAUAAUAAAAUUUUUUGAAUAUGUCGCUGUUCGGGAUAAAAAUCUUAAUUUUACUCUUGCCUUCGGCAUUGUGCGAAAAAACAUUAUGCAUAAAUUGUGAUUCCAAAACUGAUUAUUUAUGUGAUAAUUUACCAACGUGGAAUUUUAAUGAUUACAGAUUGAGAUUUAUUUAUUGUUAUAAUGGUUGUGGAAUUUUAAAGGGUCAAUGGGCUAACCAUAACAUUACAACCAAAAGAAGGGCAAAAUUUUGGCGCGGUUGUGCUAACCAAUUUUCGGGUCAAUGCACUCAACAGUUUGGUGUUUGCUGUACUUGCUAUACAAAUUAUUGCAAUAGUGGAAUAAAUUGUGCAACUGAGUUUGGAUUGCGUUUAGAGCCUAAUAAUGUUAUAUUUUAUGUUAUGAAUUUUAUUGUUAUUUUAAAAGUAUUUACAAUUGUUAAUUGCUUUUAAUUGAUUUUUUUGUUUUUUGCAAUUUUGUUAAAUAUUUUCAAAUUUUUAAUUAUGUU